UUCCUCUGGGUUUGUGUUAACCACGAUUAUUUGAAAGUUGUUUUUCUUUUCAUUCCCCAUAUAUUUAUGAAUGUUUACAUCGAAUCGAAGUGAUUUCGGCAUUCUUAACAUGAAGAAAUACUAAUGGAUUACCCAAAGUUUUAUAGAAUAAAUUAGAAUAAAAAUUAGCGGGAAACGAUGUUUACGCUUCAACAUACAUUGACUGGGGAAGAAAUUCAGUUACGGGAACGGAAGGAAUAUAUUGUUGGACGAAAGAAUUGCGAUAUAGGGAUUGAAGGAGAUCCUUCGAUAAGUAGGAAACAUGCGAUCCUUAGAAUAAGGGAUGAUAAGGUUUUUAUAGAAGAUUGCGGGUCUAAAUAUAAGACAACACAUAACGGAGUUGAACUUCAACCUAAUAAAGAAGUCCAAUUGCUUAAUAAUGAUGUGAUUCAGUUUGGUGUUAUGCAAAGUAAAUACAGCUUUCUUAAUUACAAAUUUGUUACCACAACUACGGGUAUUAAUUCAAAAACCAAUGAAACCUUAAAGCAAAACCUCAUCAAAUGUGGAGUUAAACUAGUAGACAAAUGGUUGAAAGUUUGCACCCAUCUGACUGCUGAGAAUAUUGUAUUAACAUUAAAGUUCCUUCAAGCUUUGAUAGAUGAGAAACCAAUUGUAACGCCCAAAUAUUGGGAAGAAUAUGCCAACUGUAUUAUGAACAAUCAUGAACCACCAAAUAUUAAUGAAUUUAAUAAGCCAAACAUAGGUGAAGAACUUCUUAGUAAGGAUUAUGAUUUUUCCCCAAAUCCAGCGCGGAAAACAUUGUUUUCCAAUAAACUAUUUAUUUUUCCCAUGGAAAAAAACAAACUUCAAAUGCAAGAAGUGAUUGAGUGUUGUGGCGAAUGUGUAUCUUGGGAAGAAUCGCCAUUAAUUAUGUCUGAAAUGAAAAAGAGCACUAAGGACUACAUACUUAUCAAAUCAGAGGACCAGUUAGGAACAGCUUUUAAAAAAGUUGUUCAGGCAUUCCUAAAGGAGCACAAACGAACUAUCCCAGUCUCAGAAAUUGCUUUAGCUAUAAUUAGCUGCUCUUGCAAGACAAACUGCAAUCCUGAUUUUGAUCUUGCAAAUAAAGUUUUUGGCAAUCGUACACAGCAUGUACCAGCUGAAGGUACCCCUUUAGCAAUGGAAACUCAGAGUGAGCCCCAAAUUAAUGAAAAUAAUGCCACUAAACAUAAUGUUAUAAUAUCUUCAAGUCUUGAUGACCCUUUAAGUUUGUGUUUUGACAAUAUUAAACAUAAAUUAAAUGAAGAUUCCACAAAAAUCUCCAAAAAAAGAUUGAACGAGGCAGAUGAAAAUGAAGCAGUGAAAAAAUUUAAAACUCAUGCAGAAACUAGUAAUUACCAUGACAUGUCAAUUCCUUCGACUUCUAAGGGACUGCCUCAAAACACCAACACUACUAAGCUUAAUCUCUCUUCGAAACGAAAGGCUGAUGACCAAGAAGAGGGCAAGUCUCCAAAAAGGAAGAAUUUGAAUCCAUUCAACUUUAUUAGCCCCUGCUCUAACAAAUUUUCAUCAUCAAGAGACAACCCAUUUGAAUCUUCCAAAACUCCAAGAUCUUUAGGCCCAAGAAAAUCAGAAGCAAUGAAGGAAAACCCAUUUGCCAAGUCUACCAAUCUGUCUGCAAGUCUUCAUGAAAAGUCAUCUCAGGUUACUAUCAAACAAGAACAUGCUAGCCCUGAUAUCCAUGAUAAACCAAAACCAUCUAGGCCAAUGAUUCUACUAAAAAACAAAACUGAGAUGCCAAACAUUUCUUUAAAGACCAAAAAAAGUCCAUUGAAUUUAAGUUGGUUGUCCAAGAAUUCUGUGGUCAAGGCAGAAAUCAAAGAGGAAGAUCCAGAACUAACCAGAAUUGCUAAAGCUUUUAAAGAUUGCAUUAAUGUAAGUGUUCUCAAUUCGGAGUACUUCCAAACUUCCAGGACUCUUUCAAGAAACACAUCUAUUGACACGACAUAUGGCGUGAAAAAUUUCAAAAAGUUUAAAAAGAUUGAACCGGUUCAUCCUCAAACGCAGGUUAUAGGAAAAAACCUCUUUACAAAAGUCCUUCCGGGCAGUGAUGGUAUAGAUAUGAAUCCUGAAUCUUUACAUUCUGAUUCUGAUGAGGAAGGAAGUAAAACUGUGAACGUGAAACCUAAAGCAAAGAAAAUUUGUCUUUAGUUUGUUGAGUUUUGUUUUUUAUUUUACUUACUAUAAAAUUAUAUUAAGACAUUUCUAAUAAUAACAUUUUUGUAUUAAUAUUUCUAACCUCUCAUCGCUGUAUCCUAGGGGCGGGACGCAACAGCGGCAUUGCUAAAUAUUUUACCCUUUGGUUGAUCGUUGCCGCAUAUGUAAACGUCGAUGAUUUUUGCGAACAAUAUUAAAAAUAAUUAUGUGAGAAAGUCCUAGACCAAAUAAACAAUUGACCCGUAAUAAUUAUUUAGUACUAUUCUUAUAUGCUUUAUUAUAACAAAAACAUAAGACAUGCACAGUUCUCUUAAUCCUCUCAACAACGCUUAGUUGUCAUUUGGGGCUUGUGGAACCCAUGACCGGGUAAACGCCGAGCUUGGAAUGAAAUAACUGAUAUGUCGCGACGCAGAACGCCAUCGCCCAGGUCGUAAAUCAUGUAUAUUAGAUUAAAUAAAAUAACCUUACACACGUAAGCGAUCGGGCACAGAUCAUUUUCAUCUA